AUGCAACGGGUUGAUGCCUUCCUGUUGACGCGACCGGAUGACUUCAAAAACUUUCGCAGCAAUGUCCACAACAUCCUCGAUUGGGGCAAGAACGAGCGUUUGAAGAGCGUCAGACAAGCGUUGGACGUUGUCCUCGAGGAGAAUAGGAAGCUUGCGACGAUAGCAGCCAAAUCCCGUCCGCCACCCUCGUCUUCGUCAUCCAUAUCAAGCGCGGCGCCGAGCGAGCCGUCUGUCUCGGCCAUCGACAGGUGA